GGCCAAACGAGAGGCAAUUGUUGUUGCAUCAUUUUAAAUACUUCUCCAAAUUCUGAAUUUUCACCUGUACAGAUAACUAUUUUUUUCUUUCUGAUAAAAUGUAUGAUUUUAUAUUUCUUUACCUUCUCAGAUGAAUGAAUAAUUCAAAAUUUUCUGUACUGAUUUUUAUUUAUUUCAAGGAAAUCAAGUUUGAAUACAAUACAAGAUCAAGAAGACAAUCAACUGGAUCCAUCACAAUUGAUACGUUCAUCAUCGUCAAUCAAACUACUUGUAACGGACGAAGACGAGAGAAAAGAGACAACAUCAACGAUAACAUCCUUGUCACCAUCUUUAAAAACAAUGAUGACAUUUUUAAAUUCUGAUGCUGCUACUCGUGUAACGUCAAGUGAAAUAAUAAAAAUUCUACAAUCAGAUAUUAAAUAUGGUUUAACCGAACAAGAAGUACUUAAUAGACGAAAAUUAUAUGGUUAUAAUGAUUUUGAAGUGGAGAAUGAUGAACCAUUAUGGAAAAAAUAUUUAUGUCAAUUUAAAGAACCGAUGAUAUUAUUAUUAUUAGCAUCUGCUUUAAUUAGUGUUAUUAUGAGACAGUAUGAUGAUGCUAUAUCUAUAACAGUUGCAAUAUGUAUCGUUGUAACUGUUGCAUUUAUUCAAGAAUAUCGUUCAGAAAAAGAAAUUGAAGCACUCAGAAAACUUGUACCACCAAAAUGUAUAUGUAUUCGAGAAGGAAAAACACUUCAUAUGUAUGCAAGAGAUUUAGUACCGGGUGAUAUGUGUAUAUUGGAUAUUGGCGAUCGUAUACCAGCCGAUUUACGUCUGACUGAAGCUGUCGAUUUUGCCGUGGACGAGUCGAGUUUCACCGGUGAAGCAGAACCAUCAUUAAAAUUUGUUGAUCCAAUUACGCCUGGUAAUCGUAUAACAGGAAUUAGUGAUAGAAAGAAUAUUGCUUUCAUGGGCACACAUGUACGAAGUGGACAUUCAAAAGGCAUAGUUAUCUGUACAGGUGAAAAUUCAGAAUUUGGAGAAGUAUUUAAAAUGAUGCAACAACAAGAGGCACCUAAAACUCCGUUACAAAAAAGUAUGGAUGCACUUGGAAAACAAUUGUCAUUUUAUUCAUUAAGCAUUAUUGGAUUUAUUGUUAUUGUUGGUUGGCUACAAGGACGACAUUUACUUGAAAUGUUUACAAUUGGUGUUAGUCUUGCGGUUGCUGCAAUUCCCGAAGGACUUCCAAUUGUUGUUACAGUUACAUUGGCAUUAGGUGUUCAAAGAAUGGCCAAACGAGAGGCAAUUGUUAAAAAACUACCAAUUGUUGAAACUUUGGGAUGUGUAACGAUAAUCUGUUCGGAUAAGACUGGAACAUUAACAAAGAAUGAAAUGACUGUGACACAUAUAAUGACAUCCGAUGGACAAACUGCUGAAGUUACUGGUACAGGUUAUAAUAGUGAAGGAGAUGUCAUAUGUGAGAAUGAACGUGUUCGAUAUGAAUCACAUCCAUCAAUAUCAAAAGUUAUUGAGGUCGGUGCUGUAUGCAAUAAUUCAGAAGUAAUUAAUUCACAAUUACGUGGACAACCAACUGAAGGUGCUUUAUUAACGGUUGCUAUGAAGAUAAAUCAAACACAUCUCAGAGAACGGUUUAGUCGUGAACAUGAAUUACCAUUUUCAUCCGACCAAAAAUGGAUGGCAGUUAAAUGUACCGAUGUUCAGUUCUUUCUCAAAGGUGCUAUCGAAAAUGUGUUAAGUCAAUGUAAACGGUAUUCAUUUCAUGGUACACCAACUGCAUUGACUGAAGAAAAAAUUAAAGAAUUUCUUGUUGAUUCUAAUCAGUUUUCUGCAAAGGGUUUAAGAGUUAUUGCAAUGGCGUCUGGUGUAUCCUUUGAAGACAUGAUGUAUGUUGGUCUGGUCGGAAUAAUCGAUCCUGAACGACCGUUAGUCGAAAAAGCUGUUGAUCAGUUGCAGCAGGGUGGUGUGAGUGUGAAAAUGAUUACGGGUGAUGCUGAAAAAACAGCAAAGGCAAUCGCGACUCGAUUACACAUUUAUCAUACGGGCGACCUGUCCAUAUCUGGUGAAGAUUUAGAUCGUAUGAAUACACAAGAUUUAGAAAAUAUUGUAACAAAGGCAAGCGUAUUCUAUCGAGUCAGUCCGAAACAUAAAUUGAAAAUUGUCAAGGCGUUACAAAGUCAAGGACAUAUUGUGGGCAUGACUGGUGAUGGAGUAAAUGAUGCGGUAGCAUUGAAAGCAGCUGAUAUUGGUAUAGCUAUGGGACAGACGGGAACUGAUGUUUGUAAAGAAGCAGCCGAUAUGAUACUUGUUAAAGAUGAUUUUUAUACAAUUAUGGCAGCAAUCGAAGAAGGAAAAGGAAUAUUUUAUAAUAUUCGUAAUUUUGUGCGAUUUCAACUAAGCACGAGUAUUGCAGCCUUGAGUUUGAUUACACUUUCAACAGUAUUCCAUUUUCCGAAUCCACUCAAUGCUAUGCAAAUAUUAUGGAUUAAUAUCAUCAUGGAUAGAUCACCAGCACAAAGGUAUAUUUUAAAACUAUUCCUAUAA